AUGGCCUCUGAUUUCCACCACGGCGACUCGCAGAACCUAGCCGAGAACGUUUCUCCCAGCUCGGGGGCUUCAAUGGAGCAAGCUGCGCUGCAGCUUGCCAUGGACGAGGCUGCCGACCACGGGCCGAGCGCUGCUGCGCUGGUACUAUCUAACGAUGGCGAUGCUGAGAUGAGGGGAGUCGAGCAGGCGCAGGCACACGAGGGAGCGGACAAGGACGACAACGCGCCGUCAUGGAGCGAGCUGAAGACGAAGGCCGGGAAAGAGAGGAAGCGGCUGCCCCUCGCGUGUAUUGUGUGUCGCAGGAAGAAGAUUCGCUGCUCCGGCGAGAAGCCGGCGUGCAAACACUGCUCCCGGUCACGCAUCCCGUGCGUGUACAAGGUCACGACGAGGAAGGCCGCUCCCAGGACCGACUACAUGGCGAUGCUGGACAAGCGGCUGAAGCGCAUGGAGGAACGGGUGAUCAAGAUCAUACCGAAGGAUGCAACAAGGGAUAUGGCUGGCAUUGGUCGAGCGGCCGUCAAACCAUCGGCUGCAGGACACACUCCGAGGGCGCCCAAAGGGCCGAAUAAGAAACGAUCUGCGGACGAGGCGUUCAAGGCUGAGAUGGACGAGUGGUUGCGAGACAACAGCGCUUCGGCGUCGCGCGACUCUCUGGUCGGCAGCUGGCAGCCGCACGUUGGUGACGAGAACAAGCUGCUGACCGAGGGCGCGGAGUUUCUGCCGUCAAUGGACAUCCAGGACCAUCUGGCCGAGGUCUUCUUCGACUGCAUCUACGGGCAGUCGUAUUUGCUGCUGCACAAGCCCAGUUUCAUGAGACGGUUGAAAGCCCGUGCUGUCCCUCCCGUGCUUAUUCUUGCUGUCUGCGCCAUUUCGGCACGCUUUUCGUCGCAUCCUCGCAUUAGCACAGAGCCCGCCUUCUUACGCGGUGAAAAUUGGGCGAAUGCCGCUGCUACGAUUGCGCUGAGUCGACAUGAUCAGCCGAAUAUCACGAUAUUGACGGUGUUUCUGAUACUUGGCCUACAUGAAUUUGGAGUCUGUCAUGGCGGGAGAAGUUGGUCGUUUGGCGGACAAGCCUUGCGGAUGGCAUAUGCUCUGCAGCUUCAUCGCGAGCUGGACCGUGAUCCUCUUGGAAGCAAGCAGGGUCAUUCAGAGCUGAGCUUUACAGACAGGGAAAUCAGGCGGCGGACGAUGUGGGCCUGUCUUUUAAUGGAUCGGUAUAAUUCAUCUGGCAGUCAACGGCCCCCGAUCGGGAAUGAGAAAUAUUUGCAAAUCCAGCUACCCAUAAAAGAGUCAUAUUUCCAGAUGGAGAUCCCUGGGUCUACUGAAAAAUUAGAUGGCUCAGUGUCAAAUCCAGUUUCUGAAGGCAUCGGCCAGCUCUCUGAUGCGAAAGCUAACAUGGGUGUCUCUGCAUACAUUAUUCGCGGUGUGAUGCUCUGGGGCCACAUCGUAGACUACCUCAACCUUGGAGGUAAAAUACAAGAUCCAUAUCCAUUAUGGUCCUCCGAGUCGGGCUAUGCCAAGUUGAAAAAGGAGCUUCAAGAAUUCUCUGCUGCACUUCCAAGUUCCCUUGUUUUUACACCGGAAAAUCUUAGAAACCAUGACGCUGAGAAGGUCGCCAACCAAUUUCUCUUUUUGCAUCUCGUUAUUCAUCAAAAUUUUCUGUUUUUAAAUCGAUUUGCUAUUCCCUUCUCGCCAGGCGGACGGCCGCCUAAAGAUAUACCCAAGCCUUUUCUAAAUGAUGCCGGGAGGGCAGCAGUUGAAGCUGCUGGCCACAUCUCCAUGUUGAUCAGUCAAGCCUCUGGCUAUAUGUUGACUGUCCCAUUUGCGGGAUAUUGUGCCUAUGCGGCUAGUACCGUGCAUAUAUGGGGUAUUUUUUCUAAAAACGUGCAAUUUGAACGGACGUCUAAAGAAAACUUGCGCCAUACUUACAGAUACUUGAAUAGAAUGAAACAAUAUUGGGGAAUGUUUCACUACAUGGUUGAAAGUACAAAGGACCGAUAUCGUCAUUUCGCUGAUGCGGUAUCAAAAGGGCCGGCUUUAUCUGCAAAUAGCGAAGAUUCGUCGAUGUUCCAAUAUGGCGAUUGGUUCGAUAAAUACCCUCAAGGUGUUUCUAGACAGCACUGGGAGGGACCUAGCCCAGGACUGAAGAGCGAACAAGGCAGCGAUGCCGUUAUGGCACAGCAGUCGGACCUUCAAAGCGUGGAGGAAUUCUUUUUGAGUUUGUCUACCCCCUCACAUACCGAUAAACCACGCAAGCAAGCCAAAAGGCGCAGUACCAAUGCGGCAGAGAAGAAUAGACGAAACACUAUAGCUACAGAGCCAAUAAUGCACACAUUCGAAACGACUGCCGUUCAAUCGCACGCCCAGCCCUCACAAGUACAACUAGAAACCCCGAUGAUUGACACAAACCCUCAUCAAAUUCUACCAACCAACUCUAAUAACUAUUCAAAUUUUCCCAGUGCCGCCAUAUUCUCUCCAACCGGUGCUCCCCAAUUCAACCCUUCGACAUAUAAAUACUCUCCGAAUACGGACCUGCCUAAUCUUGACCGCCAGCUUGUUUAUGGCGCCUACAGCGGGUUUAACUCCAGUUCUACAGGCCAUUUCAACUCUGUACCAGCAAACAAUAAUAACCAUAAUCAUACCACGAGCACUAAUACCGGUAUUAGUCACACUGAUGCCAAUGACAACCCGUUUUGGAGCAUGCAGAUGGACCUCACUGGUGACGGGUCGGGCUGGCCUGGGGGUUCGUUGCAGCCUGGCGCCUGGUUUCUACCCUUCAACCUUGAUCCAAUUGGCAUGGGUGACUUUGACAUGUCGGCAGGUGCAACGCCUCAGACAGGCGCGGCGUCCGGCGCUAUGUCAACUGGGAACUCAUACUUUGAGAGCCCUGGGAUGUUAGAAGGCAGUCAUCUAAAUACUUCAUCAGGAGGGGUGGGGAGAGAAGGAGCUGCACCGCAUCCACGACAUUAG